GUGGGUAUGCCCUAUUCCUAAUUCACAGGCAGCAUCACCAGGGAUAUGGAUAAUGCAAGCGUAUCCAUUGUGACUGAGUUUGUCUUCGUGGGGUUCCCUCAGCUCCACGAUGGUGGUCUCCUGUACUUCUUUCCUUUACUGUUCAUCUACAUCUUUAUUAUUUCUGGGAACCUCAUGAUUUGCUUUGCUGUGAGAAUGGAUACACGUCUCCACAAUCCCAUGUACAACUUCAUCAGCCUCUUCUCAUUCCUUGAGAUUUGGUACACCACAGCCACCAUUCCUAAGAUGCUCUCCAAUCUUAUCAGCAAGCAAAAGACUAUCUCCUUCAUUGGUUGCCUCUUGCAGAUGUACUUCUUUCAUUCACUAGGAAACACUGACGGAGUCUUGCUGACUGUCAUGGCCAUCGACAGGUAUGUAGCCAUCUGUAAACCACUUCACUAUCCAACAAUCAUGACCUCCAGGCUAUGUGCUCAGCUCUCUGCAGGCUCUUGUAUCUUUGGUUUUAUCAUCCUUCUACCUGAGAUUGUGUGGAUUUCAACUUUACCCUUCUGUGGACCCAAUCUAAUCCAUCAGAUCUUCUGUGAUUUCACCCCCUUGUUGAAUUUAAGUUGUACGGAUGCAUCUGUGAUUCUGGUGCAAGAUGUGAUUCAUGCUCUUGUCAUUAUAAUAGCAGCUCUGGUUAUUUCUCUUUCUUACAUCAGAAUUAUCUUUGUGAUCUUAGGCAUCCCUUCAGCUGAGGGUCGCAAGAAGGCCUUUUCCACGUGUGCUGCCCAUAUUGCUGUCUUCCUGCUGUUUUUUGGCAGUGUGAGCCUCAUGUAUCUCAGAUUUUCUGCUACUUACACACCCUUCUGGGACACUGCUAUUGCUCUGAUGUUCUCUGUGCUUGCUCCCAUUUUCAAUCCUAUUAUAUAUAGCCUGCGGAAUAAGGAUAUGAAAGAGGCAAUUAACAAACUCCUUUGUUCUCAAAAGGUGUUUGCAUUAUCUGAAAAGUAA